AUGCCUACGAAUACCACAAGAACGAUGCCUUUCUGGAUUAAUACCGAAGAUUGGCAUACAGCCGGGGAACCCUUUCGCAUUGUCGAGAAGCUCCCGUCCGGCUACCUGCCCGAAGAUCGCACCGUCGCCGAGAAGCGGUUUUCCAUCAUGAAAGAUACCGCACAUCCGCUAGAUACAUUGCGUCAAUCUCUCUGUCAUGAGCCCCGUGGCCAUGCAGAUAUGUACGGCGGCUUCAUCACGCCGCCGAACGACAGCGGCGCUCAUUUCGGUGUCUUGUUCUGGCACAAGGAUGGCUUCUCCACUGCCUGUGGCCAUGGAACCAUUGCAUUGGGCUUUUGGGCCAUUGCCAAUGGUAUUGUAAAGGCUACCGAAGAAGAUGGCGCAGUACAAGUUGUCAUAGAUGUUCCUUCAGGGCGGGUCACCGCCAGUGUUGCUGUUCAACAGGGCAAACCAGUUCAUGCCGACUUCGUCAAUGUCCUGAGCUAUCAGUUUGCCAAAAAUCUUCCCGUCGACAUUCCCUCUCACGGAAAACCCAUCACCGUCGAUCUUGCGUUCUCUGGAGCAGUAUACGCGACCUUGGAUGCAGCUCAGCUUCACCUUGAUGUUGAACCAAAUCAAUACAAUGACUUCAUCAAGCUUGGACGUGAGAUCAAAUUUGCAAUCGGUCAAAGAGCGAACCACGGGGUGUACGACUUGUACGGGGUCAUCUUCUACAACGAGAACGGCGACGUUGAAGAUGAUGCCGAUGGAUUGAAGCAGAGAAAUGUGACCGUUUUUGCCGAUGGGCAGAUUGAUAGAUCUCCCUGCGGGUCUGGCACUGGCGCAAGACUUGCUGUGCUUCUAGCUCAGGGAAAACUUGCAGCUGGUCGGUCAAAGCUUGUUCAUCGGUCCAUUAUUUCCACACAAUUUGAGGGGAGCAUUCUUUCAGAAGAGGUCAGCCCGAUCAAGGACUUCCCGGCUUGCAUUCCCCGGAUCAGGGGCUCUGCUAAUCUGGUUGGUCGCAUGAGCUUUUACAUAGACCCUGCGGAUCCGGUCUUCCCUGGAUUUCUUCUUAGAUAA